AUAGCUUAGAAGGAGGCUUGGGACGCGCUUGCUUGGGUGACGUUCACCGGAGAUCUGAUCGGAGACCGUGCGCGUCCACGAAGGAAGGGCGGGAGCGCUCAGUGAGAAGGCUGCUGGAUAGAACUAAACUACACAUGUGACAGAUGGCGAACGCAGAGGUGACUGUCCCUAUGGGGGACGUGGUGGUGAUUCCCAGUGAAUGUACAGAGGGAGAAGACCCAGAAGACACAAAGACACAGGUCAUCUUGCAGUUACAACCAAUUUCCCAUGGGAUUUACGGGGAGGUGUCAGACGCAGAUGCUGCUGUUGUGUCCUUAGAGACUCACACCCUGAAGAUGGGGGACACAUUAGACGGUGGUACAGUAGAGCUCGGUGAAGACAUCGACAUUGCCUAUCCUAUAACAUGCGGGGAGAGCAAGGCCAUCCUGCUAUGGAAGAAAUUUGUCUGUCCAGGAAUAAAUGUGAAGUGUGUUAAGUAUAACGAACAGCUGAUCAGCCCCAAACACUUUGUUCAUUUGGCUGGAAAAUCCACAUUAAAAGACUGGAAGCGAGCCAUCCGCCUGGAAGGUGUUAUGUUGAGGAAAAUGAUGGAUUCCGGCCAGAUGGAUUUUUACCAGCACGACAAGGUCUGCACAAAUACAUGCAGGAGCACCAAGUUUGACCUCCUUAUUAGCAGCGCCCGUGCCCCUGUACCUGGACAGAGCACUGUUGUACAAACCCCCACCACAGGAGAAGGCAGCCUAUCUUCAAUUGCUGUAUCUGAAGAAGCUGUUGAGGACGGAGCUAUUGAAUGGAACCAAGCACUUCCUGCCACUGUGCAGGUGAACAGAGAGGAGAGAAGCAAGAAAGAAGGGGAAGAGAUAUCCGAGGAGACUUUGCUUUUCUGGAGGGGUAUCUCAGAUGUGGGUCUUAUGGAUGAAGUGAUCAGUAAGGUGCAGAAUGAGAUAGAGGAUCUUUUGAGUGGAGUCCAACAACGAAUGGACCAGACACCUUUCCAGGUGACAGAUGCCACGUUGCUCAGUAAUAUUGCGCACAGCUUGGGCUUGUUUGACGCUGUUAAGAGAGUUCUGGAGCAGAAGAAGAACCAGACAGACCAGAGUGAAGAACAGUAUCAUUACACAUUGGCGGAUCUGGAGCGCCAGUUGGAAGCACAAAAGAAGCAGGAAGGCAGCAAGUCACCUCUCUUCCAAAAUGUGGUUCUAAUGCCUGUGAACACCCCCAAACCACCUAAGAGGCCUCGACUACAGCGCCCAGCUUCUGCUGGUUCUUUGAGCACCACAUCUUCUCAGCCUCACUACACUGUGCUGUCCCCUCUGACUCUGGCUCCUGUAGGACAACAGUUCUCUUUGGGUGGCCUGAGAUACACAACUGUGCUUGGUAAGGCGGGAAGUGGAGAUACCUUGGCAGUACUAACAACUGAAAUGCAAGAAUCUGGGGGCUUGGCCGGGAUGAUGAGCCCAGUUGAGUUGGUUACCAUGGAUACAGGACUUGGACAUGAUGGUGUUGGUGAGGAGGGGCAGACCAUCAUCCAGAUAGACCCAGCACCAGACCCUGAGGGAGGUUCAAAGGUGAUGGAACUUGGAGACGGAAAGGUUUUAGGUGUUGGCCACCCAGACGGAAUACAUAAUGUGGAGAUUGUUGUGUUAGAGGAUGACUAAAAAGGAUCUAGGAGCAUUCAUGAUCAUGUGGAAGCCUGCUCCCAUUGAGGGAAUGUCAUUUCUGAUAGAAAAAGACACUUGCAAAGUGACCUAAUGCAGUUCCUGCAUACGAACUUGGAUUAUGAAUUGUUAGGACUGAGUCUUCAUCUGCCAUACUGGAUCUUCAUGUAGAAUCCAUGUAUGGAUGUUCACUCCUAUAGAUUUAUCUGUACAUAUAUUGUGAGUAAAACAAAAAACACACAAAUCUAAUAAAUUGGCAGUAGCAUAAACUCAUA